AUGGCUGAUACACCGCGAAAUUUCCUGUUCGGCGACGAAAAAGAUCUUUUUGAUGAUAGUGUCUCAAUGGUCUCGGCCUGCACAGCCGGCGGCAGCCAGUCAUACGCUCUCCAAACGCCGACGUCUUCGUCCGCACCCACAUCCACGCCGAACCGCAGGAGUAACAUCCCUUAUAUCACCCGUGAUUCUGCACCCGGCCCCGGCUCGACUUACAUCAUAGUCACCAAGUGUGGGGAAGGGAAUCAGGCACUCACUGUCGUCGAGGGACAUCUACGCCUGGCGACUCCUCUUGAACUACUUCCCAACCCGCCCGUUCUUGACGCGGUCCAGGCAAAGACCUUGGCGGUCAAGACGCCCGCGGCGGUUCUUUUAAGAGCGACUAGCUUCAAGCGUGGGGGUCUAGGGGAAAAUGAGCAGUUUUGUGUGAGGAAAUCCGUGGAUGACAAAGGAUAUCUGCUUCUGAAGAGGGUUGAUCUCAAAAAAACUGUGUGUCUUUUGCCGGCCAAGGCGGUGUCUGUUGAGCCGAUCAUGAGUCUCGCAGCAAUGAACAUAAAGACUGCGGAUGUGGAUAAGCAGCGAAUGACUUGGGAGUUUGUCAAGGUGGACCAUGAUUAUGCCUCUGAAACGAGGAUGUUUGGGCAACCCCUGUGA